AUGGAACCUGCUAAGAGUAAUAAUGGUGCUGCUGACGCUGUCGCUGUAGACGCUGCUGGUACUGCUCCGCCUUCAUCCACUCCGGCUCCGGCUCCGGCUCCGAUGCCGACCGCUAAUGCUCCUCCACCGUUUUUGGUGAAAACAUACGAUAUGGUGGAUGAUCCUUCAACCGAUAUGAUUGUUUCCUGGAGUGCUACCAAUAACAGCUUCAUCGUUCGGGACCCUGCCGAGUUUGCUAAGGAUCUUUUGCCCAAAAACUUCAAACACAACAAUUUCUCUAGCUUCGGAUUUAGGAAAGUGGACCCCGAUCGAUGGGAAUUUGCAAACGAAGGAUUCUUACGUGGUCAAAAACACCUUCUCAAAACCAUAAUCCGCCGGAAACCCGCCCCAUCACACCACCACCACCACCACCACCACCACCAACCAAACACACAAUUACAAACCCCUUCAGUCACCUCAUGUGUAGAAGUUGGAAAAUUCGGUCUAGAAGAAGAGGUUGAAAGACUAAAAAGAGACAAAAAUGUGUUAAUGCAAGAGCUUGUUAGAUUAAGACAACAACAACAAGCCACGGAUAACACAAUGCAAUCAAUGGUUCAACGUCUUCAAGGCAUGGAACAAAGACAACAACAAAUGAUGUCUUUUCUAGCAAAAGCAGUCAAUAGCCCCGGAUUUUUGGCACAUUUUGUACAACAAAACGAGGCUACAAAGCUUAUCACAGAAGGGAAUAAUAAAAAACGGAGGAUUAAGGAAGACGAUGGACAGAUUGUCAAAUACCAGCCUCCACCUCCACCUCCACCUCCCGGAGUUAUGAUUCAGGAGGUGGUGCCACCACCACCGCCAGCCUCCGGUGAGUUUUGUCUAGCUGAUAUGGUGGAAGAUGUGGUGAAUGGGGAUUUGAUUGAAAAGAUUUUGGAGAAUGGGAGUUUGUCUCCUGGUGGUGAUGUGGAGUUGGAUUUUUGGGAGCAGUUUUUGGAACCGGGCCCACAGGAUAUGGGCCCGGCUCCGAUGAAUGGAAAUGGAAGUGCCAAGGGUGAGCUGCAGGAGCUCACCCAACAAAUGGGACUUCUUUCUUCUGAUAUGAAAUAAGGUUGAGGUUAUAUGUUUGAAUAGUAUGUACAAAUGUGGUUAGAUAAAAUAGUGUCAUGGUCGUUUUUACCAUUUUGACCUUAGAGUGAGAGGCUAAUGCUGGAUUUUACAGACUUGUGUCUUAUAGUUUUGUGAAAAUCUAAAAAAGAAAAAACAGUUUUACUAGUUAAAACUCCUGUUUGAAAAACAUAAGGGUAGUGGUGGUAUUUAUUGAUCGAUGAUGAAUAUGAGU